AUGGCCAGCAGCAGCGCGAGGCGGUCACCGGCGGCGGCGGAGGCUUCCUCGCGGCCGAAUGCUCAGAGUCCUCCACCACCGAACUUGUCCGUUCAAAGGGAAGUUGGUGUUGUGAAAGGCAGUAAAAGCUCCUCUGAGAAGGCUUGCAAUGCCCCAGUCUCCAUCUCCUCCGCCAUUUGUGCACCCGUAGAUUGGGCAGAACUACUAGACAGCCUUCUCCAUGAGAUCAUUGGUCUAUUCACCUCCUACCAUGACCUUCUCAGAUUUGCCAGUACUUGUCGUUCUUGGCGUGCAGCCUUCUCCUCCUACCCAGCAAAAUUUAAGGUUGCCUUCCCCUUUCUUGUCCUCCAACCUGAUAGGUUGCCCUCUCCCUAUUACCCGUAUGAUGAUAAUUUCUCCAAAACCAAAUGGCAGCUCAUUGAUCCUACCAAUCCAUCAUCCUCAAUUCGCUGUGCAGCGCGCAUGUAUCAUACAUUCCUGGAUAACAUGGACUUUGUAGGAUGCUCGCAGGGUUAUCUCAUCUUUUCCAGCAGGGAACAAUGCCUCCUUGUCGAUGUGAUUACCGGUGCUAAAAUUAGACCACCCGAAUUACCAUACCCGUACAAGAGUGUCAUUGACUGUGCCGUCCUCACCGCACCUCUCUCAUUGCCCAACACACAUCUGCUAGUUUGCACCAAGUUCUCCCUGUUCCAGUGGCGAGUUGGAAGCCAUGCUUGGUCGGAGCAUUGUCUUUGUGAUGAAAAUAUCUGUCAGAUUGUGGUCUUCCAAGGUCAGAUCUUUGCCAUGAACUCUCUAAGGAGGAUCUGUAGUGUGCACUUGGGGCAACAACCCUGUGUCGAGGAUGUAGCAGUAGCAUCUCAAUGGGAAUCCAACAAAGUUAUGGGUGUCCAUUAUCAGCCAUGGCUAGUUGUGUGUGGUGACAUGCUCCUCGUGGUUACGCUCAUACUAGACUAUGGUCACACGCGUGCCAGAUUUGAGGUCUUUCGUCUCGACUUAUCAGUUAAGCCUGCCAUGUUGGUGAAAGUGGACAAGUUGGAAAACUGGGCUCUCUUUGUUGGCACUGAUAUGAGGAGCCCUACCUUUGCUGGCAUGAACCCUGAAAGGUGGGGUGGAAAGAGCAACUACUUAUAUGUUGCAGGCUCAUUCAAAGACUCCACACAGCCUUGGUUCGCGAUCCAGUUGGGUGAGGCAUCUCGACACAUGGAAGAAGAGUUAUAUUGUUGUCGCACCGGAAACGGAAUGUGGACGGGUAUAUUCAGGAAGGGCAUGCAGCCCCUCUGGGUGAUCCCGAGGCAGCAAACUUAGAUGGAAAAAUUCCUGCUUUCAGCCAGAGUCUGCACCCAAGUUGCUGAAGCUCAGCUCCCUGAUGGUGCUAAUCUAUUGCUUGUGACUUUGUGAGUCAGUUUAGUUGCAAUAGAAAGAUGAAAAGAUUGAAGUAAUUUUUCCAAAUCGAAACUGUUGCUUCUUUGAUCCAUCCUGAGUGAAUGAUGCUUCAUCCCUAACCAUGAAGUAAUUAACCAAACCGUUGCUUUUGUGCUC